AACACAGUGCUUGUCGUUCAGUUUUUUAAGUCGAAAAAGUUUUAAACUUUGAAGAAAUUCCGCAUUCUUAAAUCUUAGUGUUUAUUUAUGUUCGUGAGAGCAUGUUUGUGUAGUACUUAUAUAUUAAAGGUUUAUGUAUAUGUUAAACAAUGAAAAUAACUACUUGGAAUGUAAACGGUAUAAGAUCACUCAAGAAGAGUGUAAAAUGUGUACUGCAAGAUUUUUCGUCUGAUGUUGUGUGUUUCCAGGAAACAAAAAUCUCUCGCAGUCAGCUAUCAGAGGAGACUGCACUCUUAGACGGUUGCACAUCAUAUUUCAGUUAUCCAAGGAAACAGAGUGGUUAUUCUGGUGUCGCCACAUAUUGUGAAGAUAAAUUUAUGCCUGAAAAUGCCGAAGAAGAGAUGAGGGUAGAUGUCACUUGGAUUGACUCCGUUGGUGAUCUUGAUUGUGAUACAAACAUUGAUUUUGAAGGAAGAGUUAUGAUCACUCAUCAUCUAAUGAAGCACAAUGAUGAAAUACAAAGGCUUGCUGUUAUAAAUGUAUAUUGCCCGAGAGUGGAUCCUGAGAAACCGGAGAGGCAUCUCUACAAGUUACAAUUUUGCCAACUUUUGCAGGCCAAAAUGCAUGAAAUGUGUUUACAGGGAUGUUCUGUUGUAAUAGUCGGAGAUUUGAAUAUAUCAUGUUCUGUGAUUGAUCAUUGUGAUCCCAGUGAUGAAAAGGAGUUUAAUUCUUCUGCGGCUCGGAAAUGGCUAAAAUCUUUUCUCUUAACUGAAGUAGAAAUUAAUGGUGAAAACAUCAAAGCUGUUGAUGCUUUUAGAUAUUUUUAUCCUGAUCGUAAAGAAGCCUAUACUUGUUGGAAUACAAAAACUGGAGCCAGGCUGACGAACUAUGGUACUCGUAUCGACUAUGUUAUUGUCAGCAGCAAUUUGAUUCCCCUGCUCUCUAGUUGUGAAAUCCUUUCAGAUUAUCAAGGAUCUGACCACUGUCCAGUCACGGCAUUACUGAAAUGUGAUCCUGUACCAGAAUUGAAAGUCCAGUUACCACCCAUCUGUACUCGUUUGUGGCCGGAAUUUACUGGUCAACAACAAAAACUCAAUUCUUUUUUCCAAAAAGCACAAAAUUUAGCUGACAUUCAUGAUAAAGAAUUGAGUUCCCAGACAUUCACCAAAAAUAAACCACCUGAAAAGAAAAAUAAACAAAAAGCAAUCACUAGUUUUUUCAAAAAUAACUCCACAUCUGCACCUUAUGUUUCUUCUACUAUGCAAAGCAGUAAAAUCACCUGUGAUAAAGAUUUAUCGGUAUUGAGUGAAAAUUCCAGCCGGACAUCCGAUGCAAAUAGUUUUGUAGAGAAUGGUGCUGAUGACAAGAACUCUCUUGUAAAUAGUAAAACAAAUGGAACAUCAGAGGAGUGGAAAAUGUUGUUUAGGGGACCACCAAAACCACCCCUUUGCAAUAAGCACCAAAAGCCUUGUGUCUUAAGAACUGUUAAGAAAAGUGGGUCAAAUAUGGGCAGACAGUUCUAUAUAUGUGCUCAACCUGUUGGUGCACUCUCGAAUCCAGAUGCAAAUUGUAACUUCUUUAAAUGGGCUACUACUCCUAAAAUUAGUUCGUUGAAAUAAUAUUGAAAUUUUAUAUUAUUUCU